AUCGGAUCUCUUCUCGACGACAGAGAUUCUGGCCUUUUCCUCUCAAGCUACUCUGCCGCCUGACCUGCAUUCUAUUCCACGACCCCGAUCCGCCAUCGAGCCAACGCAGCCAUGAAACCCUUGCUGCCGCAAUACUACAAGAUCGGCCACAAGCCCGUGAUUCUCCAGCUGCUCGCCGUCAAUGAAUUGCGGCUGUAUCGGCCGGUGCUGCGGUGUUUGAGCAGACUGACCAUCGUCCUUGCUGUGGUCUUCAUCGUGAUCCAUCUGCGGCCGCAUUUCCGCAAGAUUGAUGUCGCCUACAUAUCAAAGUCGACACCCGACAUGCUCGACGAGGCGCGGCGGCCGUUUCCAAAGAUCAUUCACCAGAGCUGGAAGACAGAUUGCCUGCCCACGAAAUUCGAGCACUGGUCCGCCACCUGGAAAGCCAACCAUCCGAAUUGGACCUAUAUCCUCUGGACCGAUGAGGAGAACCGCAAUCUCGUUAGUCACCACUAUCCGUGGUUCCUGAGCACCUAUGACUCGCUUCCAAAGCCAAUUAUGCGCGCUGACGCAGCCCGAUAUAUCUACAUGCAUAAAUACGGAGGAGUCUAUGCUGACCUCGACAUGGAGUCCCUGAGGCCCCUUGACGACCUGGUGGAAGGUCGCGAGCUGAUUCUGGGCCAGAUGGGCACUCAGAUCAGUCCCUGGUGGCAGCACAGCCUGCCUAAUGCCUGGAUGGCAUCCAAGCCCAAUCAUUCCUACUGGAUGCACUGUCUGCAAGACAUCAUGAACACCAUGGAGCACCGUCGCAGCCAUGGAGAUCCCUGGCUGAGCGUCAACGCCGAGUAUGUCACCGGUCCUGCCAUGCUCCAUCGAGUCUUUUUGAAUUAUAUUCAGCUGCCUCUGGCUCAGCGAGAGCCGGUAUUCAUCGCAGAUGCAGACAUUGUGUUUCCGUACGACUGGAGCAACAUCUCUCCGCACUACCAGGUCUGCGCUGCAACCAACAUUCGCAUGUUCAACGUCGAACGAUGCAAGGCCCUUGUCACAACAGAGCGGACGGUAUCGAUAACAUACUGGAGUCACAGCUGGGAGCCACAGAUGAUGAACGCUGACCUCACGACCGAAAUGGGGCUGGAGAAGAUGUAGCUUGACGGCAAAGCCCGCACAUCAUAAGGGCGCGCCUGUGCCAUCACCAACAGCCGCUGGCUCUUUCCGAGGGUCGUUUCCAAAGUUGAGACUAGCUGGCUAUCCGAGCGUUGCCUCGGUGCUGAGGAUGGCACCAUGUGAAUACCGCUCUGGGGCUGGGCACUGGGUUUCUGCGAAUAAACCUUC